AUGGCGGCACGGGUCUCCGACUGGCAAGUCCUGGAGGACUACACGGCCAGUUAUCACCAGUACGUCAGCUUCGUGAAACACGAGGAUCGUGAUUUUCUACUGGAAGCCAUGGUUGAUGCGCCACCUCCAGCCAAUUUAAACAAGAUCAAAAAUCAAGCGGAAGCUGAGGCACUCGUGGGUGGCACGACAAGACGGGUCGAGGAAUGGUGCGACGCAUGGAUGCCCAAAAGAGAGGCGCAGCAUCUAUGGCGUCUUGCACAGCGACACAGAACUUGCGAAGGCGCCAGGGCAGCUGCUGCCACGUACAAGGUGGCAAAAAAAGCUUUGGUGAGGGAGAUCAAGGUGAGCAAGAACCGGUGCUGGCGCGAGCUUAUCGCAGAGAAGGAUAAGGACACGUUAGGUUGGGGCUACCAGAUCGCGUUAAAAAGAUUUCGCGGUUCAGACCUGACGCCACCGAUGGAACCUUCCCUCUUGGAGAGAGUGGUCUCUUGCCUCUUUCUGGAGAAUCCCGCUAGGAGGCGGAAGGACAUAAGUGUAGGACAAGUACCUCUCUUCACUCUCGAGGAAUUGAGGUCAGUGGCAUCGGAGACGCCGGGGCACAAGGCCCCCGGUUUGGACGGGGUGCCGUCCGAAGUCCUGAAGAUUAUAGCUGCGGAGAAGCCACACGUUAUGUUGGAUAUGUUUAAUGCUUGCCUGCGCAGGCGGUCGACGGUUGUGGCUGUGGCUGAGGUUCUCGAGUCAGCCAGGGAAGCAUGGAAACCCUCUCAUAAGACGAGGGGCGUCUGUGUCCUGGCGACUCUUGACGUAAGGAAUGCCUUUAAUUCGGCAAAAUGGUCCGACAUAAUAAGGGCUUUGAAGCGCCAGAAUGUACCGGACUACCUGAGAAAGAUCCUGGACAGUUACCUCCGGAAUCGAGUGCUCUGGUACGACACGAAGGAUGGACCAAAAAAGAGGCGUCUGACGUCGGAAGUCGCUCAGGAAUCUGCCCUUGGCCCCGAUCUCUGGAACCUGGACUACGACGAAUUUUUGCGCCUUAAAAUCGAGAUCUGGGAUCAUAGUUUUAAGCUAGCUUUAGGAAAAACGGAGAUGGUCGUCCUCACCAGGCAGAGAUGGUUCGGGAAAAACUUUCACCAAAGCGUUGCAGGUGAGGUAAUCUGCGCGAGUCCAGUGGUGCGCUACCUCGGAGUGUGGAUUGAUUCACGACUCAACUUCAGAGAGCACAUCAGGAGAGCAGCCAAUAAAGUUGCUAGGAUCUGUCGGGCGGUUUCACGGUUAAUGCCAAACGUUGGAGGCCCGCGGGAAGCAAAAAGGCGGCUCCUUGCGUUGGUCUCCAACUCGAUCCUGCUGUACGGCACAAUCACGUGUGCCUACCGCAUGGUCUCCUCCACUGCUGCUAUGGUAAUAGCAAGAACGAUUCCCGUCGUGUUGCUUGCGCAGAAGCAGCGAAGGAAAUUCCUGGGCUCUGGCGACGAAAAUGAUAGCGACAGACGGGAGGAAACGUUGACGACGUUGCAACAGGAGUGGGGUCGGGCUGUACAUGGCCAGUUCGAUGCCUAUCUUCACCGCAUGACGGUGAAGACAUCUCCUAGGUGUUCUUACUGCCCUGCGUUGGAUGAUACCGUCGAAUAUACGUUUUUCGUGUGUGAGAGAUGGCACCGUGAGCGCCAGUGGCUGAUGAACAAGAUCGGCGUGGCACCCACUCCUGAAACCAUCAUCUCUGAGAUGCUCAGCAGUGAAGAGGGGUGA